AUGGCUCCUCAGGAAAGGGCCACCGCUGGUCCAGCUGGAGCAGCUGGGGCAACUGGGGCAACUGGGGCAACUGGAGUGGUCAAAAAGAAGCGCGUCGUUACCACUGCAGCAGACAGGGAAAGGCUGAAGCUCAGAGCCGAGGACGUCAGAUGGAAUGCCGCAAAAACACCAGAAGCAAAAGCCUGGAUCAAUUCUACCAGAUUGUUAAAGGAAUUUCUAACCAGUGGAGAGGAUGUCUUGUCCCUCAAGGCCGGCCCUGCCACAAGACGUGACUUGUGGGCCAAGGCUGAUGCCAUGGGUUUACACGUUGAAAUGUUCGAUACCCGAGCAAGCAAGGAUGUGCCACCUCAAGGCUGGAUUGUUCUUGGUCGAGUUGCUGCGAGAAUGGCUGUUGCUGGCAAAGUCCGAGAUAUCCAACGUCAAAACAAAAGACAGCUUCAAGAAGAUGAGGACGAGGCUGAGGCUGAGGACGAAGACGGAGACGCAACCGAGGCUGGAGCUGACAAGACCAAGACCUCUGCUGACUUGAUUGAUCCCUCCCUUCGCGAGCAGAGAGCCCCUGUGGCCCAGAUGAUGCUGCCCGGUGGUCAGCAAGCCAGCGACGUUCGUCAGCAACUGCCUGCCAUUGAUUAUGCUCCAAAGUCGACCACCAACAACAAAACUGCGCAAACUAGUCUGCCCAACGCGGAUAUCGAGGCCGCAAAGCAACUCAGCGUUCUCAAAAGCCAAGCUGGACCAGCAAGACCUGUAUUCCGAAAAGAUCCUCUGGGACAGGCCGCUCCGAAACCCGCUGAUGCUCUGCCCCAAGAGAUCACCAAAGAGCAACCUGCUACCGAUGAAACCACAGAAACCGAUCGCAUCGCCAACUGGGUAUCACAACAAGUCGAAUCAGCCCAAACAGAAAAGGACGUCGUCGACCCAACAGGAAACUGGAAAAUCACCUGCGAAGCCAUCGCCGAACAACUAGGCGAAAUGGCCAGAUCCGACACCAUGAACCUAACAAUCCACCUCGAGCCCACCCGACCUCAAAGCGACAACGACAGCGACGACUCAUCGCCCGCCACAGUUUCAGUCGCCGACGUCCCAGAAUCAGAACUCACAGAGGCACAAAAAGCACGUCUGGGAACAUAUCAACUCUGGGCAACCUUCAACCUAGGUCUUUUCGAAGGUGUCAUCCGCUUCAUGUCCCCCACAACACUCAGAACAACACCAACCCAACGCACCUCCUUCGAUCUCCUUCCCUCUCAACUGCCAUCACCUGAAAACCGCACUUUCCAAUAUAAAUGGCGAGGUCGCGAGGUUUCGGACUCGGUGAUUACCGUCGAGGCAGAGGAAGCCACUCAGUUUAUCAGAUUCGAGGAAGAUGGUGUCAAGAUGACUGGAGUGUUUGAGUGCGAGUACCUGGGUGAAACUGGAUUUGAAGGACAGAAAGUUGGUAAGGCCGAGGCUGCAAAGGAAGGAUUGGGGAAGCUGUGGAGUCAGCUUAGUCCUCAGGCCCAUGAUAUGGAGGCUCAGCAGAAUGCGUAG